AAUCGCUUCUCCUGAAACUUCCACAAUGUUGCAAAUCGCUUCUCCCAAAACAUCCACAAAUGUGCAAAGCUCAAUAGUACAACGAAGUGGGAACUCAGAUGUUCGGCAGAAUGUGACGAAAUCUGAAAAAUCGCCUUUUCUCCGAACAUCUGAGUUGCCAUUUUGUUGUACUUUUGUGCGCUGCAACAUUGUUGAAGUUUGAGCGGAGCCAUUUGCAACAUUAAUAAACCAGGAAAUAUCACAAAUAUGGGGCGAACUUAUAGGGAAAUAUCACAGAAAUGAGGGGAAAUUAUAAGGAAAUAUACCAGGAAAUAAAGGGAAACUUAAAAGAAAUAUACCAAGAAAUGGAGGGAAAUUAAUGGGAAAUAUACCAGGAAAUGGAGGGAAAUUAAUGAGAAAUAUGUAAGGAAAUUGUGGGAAAUUAAAGGGAAAAGGUAUAAGGAAAUUAAGGCAAUUUAAGGGGAAAUAUGCCGAGAAAUGGAGGGUAAUGAAAGGGAAAUGUAUAAGGAAAUGAAGGCAAUUUAAGGGAAAAUAUACCAGGAAAUGGAGGGAAAUUAAUGGGAAAUAUACCAGGAUGUGGAGGGAAAUUAAAGAGACAUAUGUAAGGAAAUGUAGGGAAAUUAAGGGAAAAUAUACUAGGAAGUAACAUAACUAAUAUAACCUAUGAGGCACUCCUGAUAAGUCAGCCGUGGAAGGAUGGUGUAGAUAAAUAACUCUGCAGUAUUCAGAAUAAAGCCAACGUACUUUAUUAUAAAACUCCUUAACUUUCUUACUACUCUCAACAACGGUUCACAAAGCUCUGGACUUCCCGGCAAUGCCCGCGCAGAGCGUACUCCCCUUUCACAAUUCCGAGAGGAAAGCGAAGGAGUGGGGUUAAAGCGUUAAGGCGCGUCCCAACAAUUGUUGCACCAGUGGCGCCAUCCAUAAGAAAACGCCCAAGUUUGUAGUGGUGAUAGUUCCAAUUGUUCUCGGUAGAUGGUGAUGUGGGUUGGUACUGGUGGCGCCAUCGGUGUGGAAUCGUUGAAGUUUGCAGUGAAAAUGGUUCGCACUAUUGUUUCUAGAUGGCGCCGCCAUAAAGUUACUAUAGCGCCAUAUUUAAGAGGUUUGUGUCAUAGGCAUAUGAAACUAUUUUCAUAUGCCUAUAGGUUUGUAUAUGCUAUUUAAAAUUAUUUGAACGAUCAGUUUAGGAUGUCGUCAAACUGAUAUAAUAAUGAACCGAGUAAUUAAUAAGAAUUAUAUGUAUAACUUGGAAUUACAGUCACUUCAUUAUUGGUAUAAGCGUGUUGUAUCCCAGAAUCCGUCGAUUAAAUAUAACAAUAUACUUAAAAUUAUGAAAGAUUCAAUUUACGAGGCUGAUAUUAUAAUUACCAAUACUCAAAACAUUACAAGGUAAGUAAUAUAAGUUUUAAUUAUAUAUGAUAAUCAAGAUUAGAACUCAUUAGAACUAUUACGCAGUGCUAUUCAAAGGCAGCAUAUUGCUUUUCAUGAUAGAAUAAUUUUAAAAAAUAUUUUUGAGCAUUGGAAAAUAUAUGUUAUACAUAAGUUACAUACAAGAAGGGCCAUGUACAAAGCAGAUUUCUUUUAUCGCACGCAACUACAAAAAAAAGUUUUUAAUACAUUAUCAAAAAAUGUAUUAUUAAAAUGGAAACACAUUGUUUCAUCUAUGUAUAAUUGUACCAAUAAAUUUACAAUUUCUGUAAAUGAUGUAAAAGCCGAUGCUCGUAACACGAAACUGUUAUUGAAACAAUAUUUCACAUACUGGUGCAAAUAUGUUACAAUUAAACAUAGAAAAAGAACAUUACUUGAAGAAGCUAUUGCACAUCAUAACUUGUAUUGUUUGAAAAAAUAUAUAGCAAACUGGAAGAUGUACACAAUAAAGCAAAAGAAAAAGAAAGUUCUACAAGAUAAAAUAGACAAAGUAAUGUCAAUUAUUACUUCAUGCUUGUAAUAUAAUUGUUUACUUUUUGAUAUAUAAAAUAAAUAAUCCUUAAUUUAGGCACGCGAAUUUUAUACAAAAUGUAUCUUGCGAAAAUAUAUCAAAGUUUGGAUUCGUAUUUGUGAAUUUACAUUUCAAAAGUUUAAGAUACAAAGUGCAAUUCUACAUUACGAAAAUAGAUUGCUAAAGAAAUAUUUGAGAACUUGGAAAGUGUAUCAUGAUCUUAAAAUACAAAAAUUAAAUAUGAAAGAAUAUGUUCAACAAUAUACUGAAAAAAAAUUGUUGAAACAGUAUUUUGAACUAUUUGUUAUGGUAAGAUUUUUAUAAAAUCGAUUGAUAUGUUAUGUUUCUGUUUACUUCUAUUAAAUAUUAAUUACUUUUAUGAUAGCGUGUAAACGAGUCUAUUAUUGAUAGAAGAAAAAAAAUGUUUUUAAUACAAAAUUUUUAUGACAAGAAAUUGAAAAUGAAGUGUUUAAGAAAACUUUAUAGCUAUGCCGUUUAUAAAAAAGAAAAGAAGAUAAAAUUAUCUUAUUUACACGAUAAAAGUGAGGCGAUUAUUCGACAGUUGCAAAUCAUCUAUUUGGAAAAAUGGAGAAGCGCACUUUAUUUUACUGUGCAAGAAAAGAGAAAAUUGCACCAGGCCAUCAAAUUUUGGGAAUUAAAUCUGACUCAUAAAUAUUUUUCGUAUUGGAAAGAAUUUUCUCAACAGUACAAAAUAAAAACAGUUCGUAAGGAGAAGUUGGACGAGCUCGCUUCUGGCUUUCUAUUGAAAGGAUGUAUUUCGCAUUGGCAUGCGAAAUUACAACUACUUCUUGAAGUACGUAAAAAAGAAAUGUACGUAAUUUGGGUAAGAGAGCAUAAGAUUAUGAAAAAAUGUUUAUCGUCUUGGAAAGAGUACGUUAUACGAAAAAUGAAGGUAAAGAAUGAUAUCGAAGCAGCAAAAAAACUACAUAACCAAUUUUUCUUACGCGACGGAUUGAAAGAAAUUUUAAGAAAUUCUCUACGCAAUAUUGAUUAUCAAUAUAAUAUGCAAGUAGAAAACGCAGCAAUGAGAUCUCUUGAAAAUUAUGAAAUUUUAAAAGAAUACUUUGAUAAGUGGUACACCAUGAUUUAUUUAAAGUAUACCUCGACGUUGUUACACGAAGUUGCAAUAAACGAUUUCCAAUUUGCACACUCUCAAACAUCGUGUAACAACAUACUUGAUAGCGUCAAAAACACGUGGUUAGUUUUACCAGAAUAUAUGAAAAAAAAGUCUUUCUAA